CCGAAUCAACACAUAAUUCCGUUAAUUAAUAAAUAAGUCAUGCUUUUUUGAGCUUGAAUUUUAUUCAUCAAGUAAAAUUACUCAACUAAAAUGUGGCAGUUGCUACAAACUCAAUCAAGCCACUUAAUGCGGCAAAGGUUGUUACCAGUAAAGAACAGUUGUUACUUUACCAACUUGGUGAAGGAAAAGCCGUCAAACUUUGUGAGACGUUAUUUUUCGGAAGCCAAAAAUGCGACAGAAAAAAGUUCAAAGUCCGGUUUCCUAUUGAUUUGUAGCCCCUGGAAAUUGUGUACAGGCGUUAGUUUAGGUUUAGGAGCGAAGUUAUUGUUAAGUAAUGGAUCUGUGUUGUGUAAGGCACAACAGAACUCUAGGAUAAUACAACGGAGACCUAAUAUUAAUGAUGACAGUGCAAAGUUUGAUUGGAGAAGAUUAUUUGAGUAUCUACGGCCACACAAAUGGUUAUUAGUGGGUGCUAUAGCGUCAGCAUUAGCGGUAGCAUUCCUAAAUGUGUACAUCCCAGCGAUGUUGGGAGUGAUCGUCAAUGUCCUAGCGAACAUGAAGAACAAUCCGACAGCGGACUUCUUAGAAGAGAUCAAAUUCCCUGCUUUGAAGCUCAUAUCACUUUACAUUGGACAGGCAGCAUUCACAUUCAUGUACAUCCAUUUAUUGGCACAAGUUGGCGAGCGAGUGGCUUCACAGAUGAAACAGGACCUGUUUGUCUCCAUCCUUAACCAGGAUUUGGCCUUCUUUGAUCAGGAGAGGACGGGAGAGCUUGUCAAUAGGUUAACGGUAGAUGUACAAGACUUCAAAAGCUCAUUUAAAAUGACGAUUGCUGGAGGAUUAAGGGCUUUAACACAGGUUGUCGGCUCAGCUGUGAGCUUGCUCGUCAUAUCUCCGCACCUAACGGGGCUGACUAUGGUGUGCGUGCCGUCAGUCGUCAUCGGAGGCACGUUCAUCGGCUCCCUCCUGAGGAAGCUGUCCAGAGAAGCACAACAACAGAUAGAGAAAGCGACGCUAGUAGCAGAAGAAGCGAUAUCCAACGUGCGUACAGUCCGAGCAUUCGCCGGCGAAGACAACGAAGCCCGAAUGUUCGCGCGCGAAUGCGACGCCGCGGCCGAACUGAGUACGGAGCUCGGGCUGGGCGUAGGGCUGUUCCAAGCUGGCACGAACUUGUUCCUGAACGGAAUGGUCCUAGCCACAAUGUUCCUCGGCGGUCAUCUCAUGGCCAACGGCCAGAUGUCAGCUGGUGACGUCAUGGCUUUUCUAGUCAACGCCCAAACUGUUCAAAGAUCCGUCGCACAGCUCUCCUUGCUGUUUGGAUCAGUUGUGAAAGGAGUAAGCGCCGGUGGCCGCGUGUUUGAGUACAUUAACAAGGAACCAAAAAUGGACACUUCAGGCACGAAAGUGAUCAAAUACCACGAGUUUCACGGAGACAUCGAAUUUAAGGACGUCACAUUCGCUUACCCAACUCGGCCUGAAGCGAUAGUUCUGAAGAAUUUCAAUUUGAAAAUACCGGCGGGAAAAACUAUAGCCAUCGUCGGUACAUCGGGCAACGGGAAAUCUACCAUAGCCGCUUUGCUUGAAAGAUUCUACGACGUAAACGAAGGCCAAGUCACCAUAGACGGCAUAGACAUCAGGGAAAUGGACGCCAAGUGGUUACGCGGUCGCGCCCUAGGCCUGAUCAGCCAAGAGCCGGUGCUGUUCGCUACAAGUGUGAGGGAGAACAUCCGAUAUGGCCGCCCAGAGGCCAGCGAUGAUGAGGUAUAUCGCGCGGCCAUGACAGCAAACGCCCACGAUUUCAUCCUCGGCUUCCCCGCCGGUUACGACACGAUGGUGGGAGAGAGAGGCAUGUCGCUCAGCGGCGGGCAAAAGCAAAGGAUAGCGAUAGCGCGCGCUGUACUGAAGAACCCGCCUGUUAUAAUACUGGAUGAAGCCACUAGCGCUCUAGACUCCGCCAGUGAGAAAGUAGUCCAGACAGCACUGGAGACUGCUUCGAAAGGACGAACGUCGCUCGUGAUCGCCCACAGACUGUCAACUGUCAUGAAUGCUGACGUUAUAGUUGUUUUGAAUCGAGGGAAGAUCGUCGAGAUGGGAACCCACGAUCAGCUGAAGAAGCAGAAAGGUUUCUACUGGAAUCUGAUCAAACAACAGGAUCAGGAUGCAGAAAGCAGGUCCUUAUGAGAACAAGCACAAUAACCUUAAUAUGAGGUAUUUUCUAUAAAAAGGUACCUUAUUGUCGAUGGCGCUUACGCCAUUAUUAACGAUGCUCCGAUAUGAAUACAAUGCCACGCGACGCUGUGCGGCGUAAGCGCCAUCGACAAUAAGGUCCCUUUUCAUAGAAAAUGCCCCAUAUUAGGUACAGGUCUUUUUCCAUAACUUUAUUAUUAUUUAUUAUGAUACUUUGAAGUGGUCCUCAUCAUCUUCCUCGCGUUGUCCCGUCAUUUGCCACGGCUCAUGAGAGCCUGGGGUUCGCUUGGCAACUAAUCCCAUGAACUGGCGUAGGUACUAGUAUUUACCAAAGCGACUGCCGUCUGACCUUCCAAUCCAGAGGGGAAGCUAGGCCUUAUCGGGAUGUCUGGUUUCCUCACGAUGUUUUCCUUCACCGAAAAGCGACUGGUAAAUAUCAAAUGAUAUUUCGUACAUAAGUUUUCGUACGAGCCGGGGUUUGAACCCGCGACCUCAAGAUUGAAAGUCGCACACCCGGUAAGACUCCACCAGCGCUUCACUUUGAAGUGAUCCUAACAUUAUUUAUUCCAUAGUUAUUACGAUUUAUGACCUAUAAAUGUAGUAAAUAUUAUUAGAAAACGAAGAAAAGCUACACAAAUAUGUCUCAAAACUGUAAAAUC